UGAGUCACAGCUUCCUGGCUUUAGUCUCCCAUCAGUUGCUCUCUAGAUCUUGUGGCGUACGCAGGGUUCUCCCAUUUCUUGGACUGAUUCGGGAUCAUGUCUGUCAGGAGUUCGUUUGGAUAUCGGACGGAGAAGGUCCUCACGAUACACAAGGAUAAGUCGAUACGCACUGCAGGAUUAUCAAACAUGAAGGACCAGGCGAAACCAGACAAAGCAGACAAGAUGGCAGGGAAAGGAAUAAAGACGGUUCAGAAGUUGGAUACAGUUGUGGGAAAGGAUAAGACAAAAAGUACAGAAGGGACGGUUAAGAAAGAAGUCAUCGGCAAGAUAGGGAAGGUGAAGUUUGUGCGUGGAGAGAGGAUGAAACCUGACGUCCAAGAGAGGAAAGGUAGUCUGAGCAAUGGACAGCUGAAAUCUGUUGGUGCCAAGGAUAAGCCUGGCGUGUACCGGUCUGCAAACAUGGUGGUGUCCUUGUCGGAUAAUGCAGUGAUUGUGACAAUUCCUGACCAAGGAGAUGAUGAUGUUGUGACUUCUACCGAUACAGUCACAAUGCCAAAACCAUCUGGUAAACCAAGAUGGUGGCAUUUUGCCAACAGCAGGAAAAGGUGGAAAGGAACUUUACUCAAAAAGCUAAAGGGCAGCAUGGCGUCCACCAGUAGCACCAAGGAAACCAUGUGGUGCCUGGUGGAUCACAAUGGCUCAGAAUCCACCCCAGGCAGCAUGGCGUCCACCAGUAGCACCAAGGAAACCAUGUGGUGCCUGGUGGAUCGCAAUGGGCAGCAUGGCGUCCACCAGUAG